GUGGCAUCCUGUGAUACAUUACUACGGGCAUGGGAACACCUGGCGAAUCGCUUCGAUCGGGACACGGGCAACACCUCCAUCCUGCUGUUCCAGUCGCUCACCAACUUAAGGUACCGCGACGGCGGUGACCUCAAGCUACACCUAGAUAAGUUCUAC